AACAUUAUCUCCCUCUUGUCACCCCCAAUUUCAGUUUUUUUUUUUUUUUUCCCCCUGCCUCCUUCACUUUCCUCUACACUACUCUUUUUCCUCAUUCUAAUCAAGUUUCUUCAGUAUAACCUUCUGAUAGGUUGUUAAUCUUCUCUGCAAUUAUCUCUUUUCAGAACCAGAGAAAAACCCUAGUUCCCUCAAUUACCCUUCAUCGUGGUCUCGAUUUUCACAGGGGAAAAAAAAAUGUCAGGCGGGGUUGGUCCAACUGGGUCUGAUAUCACCUUCCCGAAAGAGCAAGAAGCUAUUCACGAAGAACACCAAGAACCUAAUCAUUCCCUGAAACCCCCCAAUAUGAAGUCCACGUUCCUGUCUUUCCCUCAACUCAAUUCGCUGGCAGUGAUUGUAAUCCUAGCCUCGAGUGGAAUGGUAAGCCUCGAGGACUUGUCCUUCCUCAUCUUCUCCUUCAUAUACCUCUUCUUCAUCUCCAAAGUAGCCUUCCCUUCAAAACCCAACGCCACUUACCCCCAAAUCUUCAAUCCUAAGAACAAGCUGCUUCGUCUGUACAUCAACAUAGGGGCAAUCGUUGGACUCUACGGCCCAAUAGCCUACAUAUUGGAGGGCACCUAUGAGGGUGAUAAGGAAGGAAUAAAGGCUGCUUCACCUCAUUUGUUUCUCCUGGCAAGUCAGAUCUUCAUGGAAGGGAUAGUGUUCACAGGGGGGUUCUCGCCUCCGAGCAGGGCUUUUGUGCCUGUGAUGUAUAACUCUAGGAGGCUCUUCACCAUUGUGGAUUGGCUCAGGACUGAGUUCUACAAGGCUGAAGCACAGCAGAGUGGGUCUGAUACGAGAGUCAUGGUGGGUAGGGUUCUUGCUGUGGCUAAUAUGGCGUUCUGGUGUUUUAAUCUGUUUGGGUUUCUUUUGCCUGUUUAUCUGCCUAAAGUCUUCCAGAUGUAUUACUCGGGGCAUAAGGAGAAAGUGUGAUUGAAUUAGAGUCCUUGUGUGAGAUCAGGUCUUUGUGGCCCAAAAUUUGCUUGGUGGCCUAUGAUGUAGCGUCAUGUACAUAAAUAUUUAAUUUAUUUACUUUUAAUUGAAAAUAAUGGCAAUGUCGAGGAUUGAUGAAGGGAACAAUGAAAUGUGUGUUUGAUCUAUGCAAAGACAUGAAGAUAUGUUUCGAUCCUCCAAUACCAUUUGAGAUUGAUGUGGCUGGCAUCAAUGUACCAGAAAAAAGGAGGAUAUGGGCGGAUAAGAUAGGUAGAUAUUUCUGUGGAAUAAGAAUCAACAGCAUCAACUUUGGUUCAGGUUUUACGCAUAUGCUCCAUUGGGUAACUGAAUUCUUAUUACAAAGGAGGAUAGAGAAAGGACACAAGUGUUUGGUGAUUUGAACUUGGUCUUGGUCCCUUACAACGAUAGCUAGCCUCUCGCUACGCUCAACGCUCCAUCUGUAUUAAUUCUCAUUAUCAUCUUUUUAAUAUAUUGAUAUUAAAAAAAAAUAUAUUAUGAACUA